AUGUCACUUCCGAAGGAGCUGGUGGGGCGAGAUGGAAAGACAAUCUGGGAUCGCAAGAGCAACGCUCUUCCCGACCCCGGCGCGCUCGUACGGGAGAUUCGGUCGCCGGAUGGAGUGACAGAUCUGACCCUGCUGCGGCAGUGCGUGAUGGUGGUGCUGGCGCAUGCUCACCCGAGCUCGCUCCCGACGUGGUGCAGCUGGCUGUGCUGCCUCGGCGAGCCCGAGACUACGCUGCGAAGUCUCAGGGAGAUGAGUGGGGGCAGCAGGGUCUGCGGGUACGUGUUCAAGCGCGGCGACAUCGCGUGGAACUGCCGCAAGUGCCAGGUGGACAGCACGUGCGUGCAGUGCGACGCCUGCUUCCGCCGCUCGGACCACACGGGGCACCCGGUGUACUUUCACCGGACGGCGCCGGGCGGCUGCUGCGAUUGCGGCGACGAGGAGGCCUGGGCGGAGGAAGGGUGCUGCAGCCGCCAUCGCCCGCGGAGAGGAGACCAGGGUGGUGGCGGAGCCGGCGAUCCCCUCGCCGCACUGCCGACGGACUUUCAGGCGGUGGCCCGUAUCGUCGUGAGGGGUGUGGUCCUCUUCCUGGCCGGCGUCUGCUGGAGUUCCCUCGACACCUACGACCCGGCUUCCCAGGAACCGACAACCCCCGCCCCCGGAGCCUCCGACAGCGGCAGCGGCGGGACUCGGCGUAGGAGCGGGCCUUCCUUGUCCUCUUCCGCGGAUAACACCUCUUCCGCCGCCGCCGCCGCCGCCGUCGGAGGAGGAGGAGGAGGAGGAGGAGGAGGGAGCAUGUUUUUCGGAAAUAGCGGUGGCGCCGGUGGCGGUGGUGGGGCCGGGCGGGCGGAGGAGAUGGUGAUAGUGCGGGUUCACAACGACGAUGUGCACACUUUCGAGUACGUGAUCGGGACGUUUACGGACCUCGGCAUCUCGUACCACAACGCGGCGGCGCUCACGCAGGAGGUGGACGACAACGGCAUGGCCAAUGUCCUCCGGGCGUCGCGGCCGCGGGCGCUCCGGACCCUACGUUUCCUGCGCGAGCGCCAACUGUUGCCUUCUAUUUGUGACUCCGCCCACGUGGAGAUGGAGAACCGCGGCCUGGCGCUCCUGUCGUGGCUGGGUCUGCUGUGCUCCCAGACCGACGGCCUGCGCCGUGUCGUGGCGCAAGAGCUCGUCGCCGCCUCUCGCGCCCCCCCGCCCCCUAGCGACACCACCGCCUCCGCCGGCGCAACGCCGGCAAAAGGAGAAGAGGAGGAGGGAUCGGCGGCGGCAGCGGGACGGCAAGGAGGAGGGGCUGCGGUUGAGGGGCCUGCUGGCGCUGCGGCCGGCGGGGGCAGCACUUGGGCAGAUGGAGGAGGAGGAGGAGGGGGAGGAGGAGGAGGAGGGGCUGGAAGUCCUUCGCUUUCUGGAUCAACUUCUUCCCAGUCUCUGCCGGAGAACAACCAGCAGCAGGAGUCGAGGGCGCCGCCGCCGCGGCACAGCAGCAUGUUCGGCCUGAGCACCAACCUGGGGUACCUGUGGGUCAGCCACACGAGGGCGGGCGGGAGCAAGGCGGUGCCCUACCGGGUGGCCCGGGACUCCCCGCUGGGGGUGCUGGUGGCGUCGGACCCCAUGCUCGCGAAGCCCCUGAGGCUCUCCCUGCACGGCCUGCUGAUGAGGCUGCUCGUGGAUCAGGAGUUCAAGAGGGACUUCGCGCUGGCGUUCGCGCGGCUGUACGAGUACCUGAAUUCCCUCUACUGCAAGGGCGUGGGGGUGUCGGACGAGAGCAUCUUCGGCUUCAGCGUCCAGACCUUCACCACGCCGAGCCUGGUCCGUCUCCUGGCCGACGCCUCGGCGGAGACCCCCAGCGCGAUUCUCCCCAACCCAGACCAUGGAGUUCCAAAAGUGUGGCGCUUUUCCGAAACCCCGGGGCUGCUGGCCUUGCUCGCGAAGGCGCUGGUCAGGACCAUGUGGGACGCGGGGUGCCGCGGCUGCGGGCGCGAGGGGGGGAGGGAGGCGGUCAUCGCGGCCCAGCAGCCGGGCCCCCGGGGGGCGGCCCGCGGCGAGAACGCCUUCCUUGAGCACGACAUUACCAACCACCGGAGAUUCGUGCACGUGUUCAGGGACCUGGAGUACGCUCUGCAGAACGUCCGGUGGAUCGGGUCGCACAUCGAGUACGAGUCCCGGAGGUUCUACGGGGCGUUCGGCCUGUCCUUCUCCCUGGCCAGCGUCACCGACGCCCUCGUCGACCGCGCCCUCCGCAAGGCCUCCCCGAACAACGCCGCCACCGCCGCCGCCGCCGCCGCGGCCGCCGGUACUACUACUAUUACUACUGAGAUGGCUGAUGGGGGGGCAGCAGCGCAGGGAGGGGGCUCUUCUGCUGCCCCUUCUUCUUUGUCUUGGGCUCCUACAUCUGAUGAUGGUGGGUCUACUUUUUCUUCGCGAAAACAGCUGUCGUCGUCGCUGGUGGGAGGGGGUUCCGGGGAAUGGGCGGAGGAGAGCAGGAGGGUGGAGGCCGGGGAGGUGCUCUCGAGGCGGGGGCUCGCGGCGCUCAAGACGUGGGUUGAUUCCCGCAAUAACACCGAGGUGUACAAGACCACCCCUGUGUCCGGCGGUCGGUUGUCGCGGGCCUUCCCGGAUCUUCGGGAGAGGGUGGAUUUCCAGGUGCAUGGAGAGGCGGUGUCACUUCAUCUGCCGCUCCACCGGUUCUUCUGCAAGGUGGUGCAAACCCUGGCCCAGGAAGGGAUGGCGAUUCCACGCGUGCCGCAGGACGUCCUGCUGCCCCUCGUGGAGUUUCCCAUGAGGGCGCUAGUCUUCCACGCCCAGGUGAUGGCUAGGCUGUGGGUGCGAAAUGGGCUUUCGGCGCAGCAUCAAGUGGGGAACUACUCGUCGCCGUCCUUGUGCCGGCACAUGCGAGACCUCGACAUGGUUGCCCUCCAGGUGGGCUGCCUGCACAUGGGCGCGGAGAACUUCCUCGGCCUGCUGAUCGACAAGUUCGCCCUCGAGGACGAGGAGUAG